AAAGUUUGUGUUUAUUUCUGUCUGUCUAAGAUAAGAGAACAAAUAAAGUCAGACAAAUUUACUCAUGUAAAAUGCCUCUGUUUGACAGUUUGAGACGUCAUCACAGUCCAGAACAUAUAAGCUCACAGCAACCCUAACCCGUCUCACAGUUAGAAACAUUUCCAAUCUCAACUUCAACAGCCGUAAAAAAACUUCUGAAAGAGAAAUGUUAAGGAUCUGCAGCAGAAGUCUGGUGAAGGUGGGGAUGCUGAAACCCAGUAACCUGCUGAGGCCUGCUGCUCUGAUCUCAUGUAGAAACAGGAGUCAGCAGCAGAAUCUGCCUAAACUGCCAGUCCCUCCUCUGAAGCAGACUUGUGAGCUGUACCUGGAGCUCCUGGGGCUCGUACUGGAGCCUGACGAGCUGCAGAGAAGCAAACAGAUGCUGGAAAAGUUUCAGGAACCAGGAGGAGUGGGAGAGAGAUUGCAGAGAGGUCUGCAGAGCAGAGCAGAGAGAGUAGAUAACUGGUUUGAGUACCUGAGCAAACGGAAGCCCUUGCCAAUUUUUUCAAAUGUCUCAGGGGUCUGUCAAAAAAGAGAAGUCACAGAUAAAAAAAGCCAGAUCAGGUGUGCUGCUGGUUUAAUCCAGGCUAUGUUGGACUUUAAGAUGAUACUCGAAACUAACUCACUUCCUGUGGACUACAUGCAAGGGAUACCACUGUGUAUGUGGCAUCAUGAGAAUCUCUACUCAUCCUGCCAGAUCCCACAUCCAGAUAUUGAUUCUGUGACUUUUUUUGCUAAAACCUCAAACCCCUCAAAACAUAUUAGCGUGGUUCACAAUAGUCAGUUCUUCGCAUUGGAUGUGUACCACAGCAAUGGAACUCAGCUAAGUGUGGACGAGCUCUGUGUUCAGCUGGAGAGAAUUUAUGACUCAUCAAUGCAGAUUGACUCAGGGCCUGUUGGCAUCCUGACAUCUCAAUGCAGAGAUGUCUGGGCUAGAGCUCAUGAGAACCUCAUCAAGGAUGAAACCAACAAACACUCAGUGGUCUCCAUCCAGAGCAGCAUCUGCCUUAUCUGUCUGGAUGGACCAAUGCCCCCUGUGGAAGACAACAGUUAUCGCAUGAAAGAGAUUCAGCAGCUGCUGUAUGGAGGAGGAAGCAGCUGGAACAGCACCAACCGCUGGUUUGACAAGGGGAUGCAGUUUAUCAUUGGAGAAGACGGGACGUGUGGAGGUCACAGCCUUCAUACUGUAGCUGAUGGAAUCAUCUCUUUGGACAUUUUGGACUAUAUCAAUACAAACAUGAGCAAAGAAAAGCCACAGAUCAUAGAGCAUCCUGUGAAGGAUUUACCAUUUCCCCAGAAACUUCACUUCAACAUCACACCUGAGAUCAGCAAAGAUAUCGAGGAGGCCAAGCAGCACAUGGACAUGCUGGCCAGAGGUCUUGAUAUGGAGCGGAAAGUGUUUGAGAACUUUGGGAAACGCAUCAUGAAGUCUUUGAAAACAAGUCCUGAUGCUUUCGUACAGAUGGCACUACAGCUGGCAUACUUCAGGAUGCACCAGCGUGUCGCUCUCACACUGGAACCCGUCACUCUGAGAAUCUUUAGACAAGGACGUUUAGGAUUGGUCAACUCGUCAUCGAGUGCAUCUGCUGCCUUCAUCAGAGCCUUUGAUGACCCUGAAAAACAGAACUUAGAGAAAAUGAAUCUGCUGGAGAAAGCUAUAAAAGCUCACAGAUGGACCAUUACUAUGGGGGUCCGUGGGCAGGCAAUAGAUGGACACCUUUUCGGGCUGAUGAUGCAGGCUAUUGAGGAAAAAAUCCCAACUCCUGAAAUUUUCACGGAUAUUUCCUUUGAGAAAGCUUUCUUAGACUUCCAACUCUUGACUAGCCAGGCAACAGCAAAGACUGGAAUUAUUCCGUGUUUCGGUCCUGAGGAACCUGGAAAGUACAGCAUUUCUUAUGGUGUCAUGGAUCAACACAUUGAGUUUCUUGUGUACCGCUUUGAAUGCCCUGAGACCAAAAAAGAAUAUACUGCAAGAGAGAUGCUCCAAGCCGUGGAGGACGCAUUGUUAGACAUGAAAAACGUGCUGGAACAAACUCAGGCAGCCAAGCUGGGACUGUAAUACAGCAAUUUCUUUUUGAGAACUUCUCAGAAUUUUUAAUAAGAAUACAAUCAUUUUGUUAAUAAUAUCUGUGAUUCUUAUCAAUUACUGUAGUAUUCUGUAAUUGACUGCAGUCUUAGAUUGUAGUAAUCUUAAGGUAUAGCUAGGAAUCUGAGCUUUGUUCAUGCACUACUGGUACGAUAAAUGCUUUGAUUAUUCAUCCUGUAUAAUUUCCUAAUAUAUAUAUAUAUAUAUGU